GCGUUCUACAAAAUCAAGGAUUGGACGAGGCAGGAUAGACAUGGCAAUUGUGAAUUUACAGCAUUUCUCAAACAUUGAAUCAUGAACUCCCAUCCGAAGAUUACCAUACGCACCGCGGGCUCAACGAUCCUUUUGUUGGUAAGUCCCUCGGUCUCGCAUUCGUACGUAGUGCAGUGCAAGACGGCUAAAGACAAUUGCGCAACAAUCGCACUUCCCAUCUAUCGAAAGCCAAGCAUGUCAAGGACCCUGACGAAGUUCGUUCUCGGAUGCAGGUCCGCUACUUGCCUCUCUUCUUCUACCUCUUUCCAUCGAGUAUGCUCUCACGACUCGCAGCCACCCCGUAUGCAACUCAACAGAAAGCACUUUCGUGAUCUGCCCAUCUUUGCGACCUGGAUCCCACGCGCAAUUUCAACACCGAAUAGCAUUCAAUAUUGCAAGAACUUUGCAGCAUGAAUUGACUCCAUGAGGUACCAUGGAGAGUAAUAUGCUUACUUGACAGGAUAUUCAGGCACGUUAGAUAGACUCUAAUCCCCACGCAACCGCUCAGGGGAAGCUGCCAAUGGUCGGUCUGUUUAAUUAACUCAACCAGGUCGAAGCAUGAGCUCCCGCCCCCGCUUCACGUCUUCAUUUAGGAAUACACUCAAGACGACCAC